UGAGUUAAUUUAUAUCGAUUUAGUUGAGUUUUAUGUAUUAUUUAUAGUUUGUUUCGGAGCUCGGCCGAAGGUCGCGUCCUUUAAUCGAUGAACAAUUAUAAGUGACAGCGUGUGAAUACCCGCGUGUAGAGACACUUUUUGAUACAUAUAUAUUUAUUUAUAUAAAUUAGUGCCAACGCAUAACCUAGCUUAGUAUACGGGGACUAUAUAUUUAUCUAACUGAGGGAACUGUUAAUAAAUUGCAUCUUCAUGGAAUAUGGGCAUCUGUUUAGACACUGAACAAAACAAUGAGGAGCAGGACAGAGAGACAGAGAGCUACGGGGGAUCGCGCAGAGGCCGCGAGAGCGCGUGGGGUCGCACCACGCCGCCCGCAGCAGCCUUUCCCAUGCAGAACUCCAGCCACGUCAAAUUCGAGCCUCCAACCGUGCCCGUCAUAUUCGUACUUGGAGGACCAGGCAGCGGCAAGGUGACGCACUGCGACACGCUGGCACAGGAGCGGCGUGGCCUUGUGCACGUCAAUAUGACCGACCUGCUGCAGCAGUACGCCAUCGGGAACGACAUGCAAGACUUUGGAUCGCUGUCGAGCCGCACUGUCACGGAGGUUCUCAUGCUGGAGAUGAAGAUGGCCCCCGCUGCUGCCGCCUACCUCGUGUCCGGCUACCCGCGUUCCAUGCGCGACCUCGCUGAGUACACCGACAAGAUCCAGACGGUGAACGGCGCGGUGGUGGUGAGCUGGCGACAGCGGGUGCUAGAGCGGCAGAUCGAGUACGGCGCUCGGCUCGGCCAUGUAGUGCUCAGCCUGGCGCGCAUGGAGCUCGCCCACUUCUAUAGACACGUCGUGCCGGUCGCAGACUACUUUGAUCACACCGGCAUGCUGAUUGUGGUGAACGGUGAAAGAAAUCCCGAGGAAGUGUAUAAGGAUUUCCGAGCCGCUGUCCUGAAGAUCUUGGGCACUGCGGAAGACGAGAACAUUAACGGCGUCAGCGGUGUAGGGCCUGAUGGUAUACCGGGGGAAAUAGUCGGCGUAGAGCCGGCGCCCAUGGGGAUUAGAGGCAGGAGCGUCAGGAGUCAAAUCAGUCCUGACGGCAGGAGGCAAGUUUCUGACGGGAGGAGGCAAGGUCCCGAUGUGAGGGGUGGCCAGGAGCCAGUGGUGGUCGACGAACCUUUGCCGGCAGCAGUGCCUGUCGUCUUGCCUGUUAACGGAAAUGUCGAAAGGAUCGUUAGUCCAAAGACGAAGGUGAUCCGAGUACGCGGUGCGGCGACGCGCGCAUGCGUGGUGUGCGUGGUGGGCGGGCCCGGCAGCAACAAAGCCUCGCUCUGUCAGCGCGCCGUCGCGCACGCAAACGGCUGGACACACUACAGCUUGGGCCAGCGUCUCCGUUCGCUGGCGGAGUCGGGCGGCGGGGCGGCGUCAGACGGCGCGCUGUGCCGCGCGGCGGUGUCCGGCGGCGAGCUGGUCAGCAACGAGCUGGUAGGCCGGCUGGUGCGAGCUGCAGUCAGCGACGCCGCUCGCACCGGACACGGACUCGUGCUGGAUGGGUACCCAAGGGACUUGCAGCAGCUGAAUGUGUUCGAAAAGGAGUUCAAGAUAUCACCCCGCAUGGUUCUGGUGGACUGCUCAAAGCUGCAGCUGGGCCGGGGCCGGCGAGACGACUCCGUGGCCGCCUUCCGCCGCCGCCUGGAGGUGUUCCGCGAGCUCAGCCUGCCCAUGCUGAAGACUCUCGACCAGCAGCACAGACUUGUUAUCGUGGAUGGCGACACGGAUUCAGCAGAAGUACAGGAAGAGUUCACACGAGUGCUGCUAGAAGAGAUGGAGAAGGCAGAGGCGCUGGUUUCCAUGCCGCAGAACAGUCAUGAUACCAUUACACACCAGCCAGAGGAGACAUCACUACCCCAUUACGAAAUGACGCGCGCCAACGGUGUGGCCAACGGCGCGAGCCGCGCACACAACGGCGCCCUGCACAACGGCGCCCUCACUAACGGCUUUGCCGCCAUCGCUAAUAAUAAGGUGAAACCUAUUAUAAACAAUGUAAACAGGAUUCCGACGAUCUCGCAAAUGACACACGACGACGUCAAGAGAUUGUACCAGCAGAAUAAUGGAGACGUUUCCCUCAUAAAUCAUAUUUGACCAAACGGCGUAAUAAAACAACUUAGAACUACGAAAUAAACGUAAAAUACAAAUAUAA